GGUGCACGGCAUCCCGCCCGCCCGCCUAGGAGCUGCUCCUGCUCCUCUUCUCUGGGCCUGGCCGUCUGCCGUCUGCUCUCAGGUGCUUUGGCUAUCCUAACAGUUCGAUGAGCUCCUUUCCAGCCCGGACUGAGCUGGAAUAAAGCUGAGAACCCUCCUUUCUCUGUGUAUGUGGGGCUGUGACGUGAUUGGCAUGUUCAUUGCGUGCACAUGAAUAGAACCUAUCUGCAGCUAUGAGUUCAGAAGAAAAGGGCGUUUCGCCGGCACACAAAACAUCCACUCCAACGCACAGAAGUGCUUCCUCUUCAUCUUCAUCCCAGAGGGAGAGUAGGCAGGAAGCUGACAGCUGGGAAAUCAUAGAAGGGCUGAAGAUAGGACAGACGAAUGUCCAGAAACCCGACAAACAUGAAGGAUUCAUGCUGAAGAAAAGAAAAUGGCCUUUAAAGGGUUGGCACAAGCGCUUUUUUGUCCUGGAUAAUGGCAUGCUAAAGUAUUCAAAGGCUCCAAUGGAUAUUCAGAAGGGCAAAGUGCACGGGAGCAUCGACGUCGGCUUAUCCGUCAUGUCCAUUAAAAAGAAGGCACGGAGGAUAGACCUGGACACGGAAGAGCACAUCUACCACCUGAAGGUGAAAUCCCAGGACUGGUUUGACGCUUGGGUGUCCAGACUGCGGCACCACCGUCUGUACCGCCAGAAUGAGAUAGUCCGGUCUCCGCGGGAUGCCAGCUUCCACAUCUUUCCUUCCACCUCCACGACGGAGUCCUCGCCAGCUGCCAACGUGGCCAUGGUAGAUGGAAAGGUUCAACCCAAUAGCUUUCUGUGGCAGCCUCCUCUUCCUUGUAGCAGUAGUCUUCCUGCAACCUGCACUUCUGGCCAGAGUAAAGUAGUUGCUUGGCUACAGGACUCUGAAGAAAUGGACAGGUGUGCAGAAGAUCUUGCACAUUGCCAGUCAAACCUUGUGGAACUUAGCAAACUUCUUCAAAAUUUAGAAAUUCUUCAGAGAACUCAGUCAGCACCAAACUUCACUGAUAUGCAGGCUAACUGUGUAGAUAUGUCAAAGAAAGACAAGAGGGUCACAAGACGUUGGAGAACAAAAAGCGUCAGCAAAGAUGCAAAAAUUCAACUUCAGGAAGGGCCACCUCCGAAGGGUCAAUUCAGCACUACCCGACGUCGGCAGAGGCUAGCGGCAGCGGUGGCUACAACAGUUCCUUUUAGUGCUACAAUGUCGCCAGUUCGCUUGCAUUCCUCUAACCCCAACCUUUGUGCAGACAUUGAGUUUCAGACUCCUCCGAGCCACCUCGCAGACCCUCUGGAAAGUUCAACAGAUUAUACCAAGCUUCAAGAGGAGUUUUGCCUCAUUGCCCAGAAAGUGCAUUCUCUUUUGAAGUCGGCUUUUAACAGCAUAGCUAUAGAGAAGGAGAAGCUUAAGCAGAUCGUUUCUGAGCAGGAUCUUAAUAAAGGCCACAGCGCACAGAUGGCUCGCCUCAGACAAUCCCUCUCUCAGAGUGCUGGAGACAGCAAAUCCUGGGCACUGAACCAGAAUGCUGAACUAAGGAGUCGCUUGAACAGAAUACACUCAGAAUCUGUUAUUUGUGACCAGGUGGUCAGUGUAAAUAUUAUCCCCAGCCCUGAUGAGCCCGGGGAGCAGAUCCAUGUCAGUCUCCCCCUGACGCAGCAAGCCGCCAACGAGAGUCGACUCUCCAUGUCCGAAUCCGUCUCGGAGUUUUUCGAUGCCCAGGAAGUGCUUCUCUCGGCAAGCUCAUCCGAAAACGAGGCUUCAGACGAUGAGUCUUACAUAAGUGAUGUGAGCGAUAACAUCUCUGAGGACAACACCAGCGUCGCUGACAACAUUUCCCGGCAAAUCCUGAACGGCGAGCUCACGGGAGGCGCCUUCCGAAACGGACGUCGGACCUGCCUCCCGGCCCCGUGCCCCGACACCAGUAACAUCAACCUGUGGAACAUCUUGAGGAACAACAUCGGCAAAGACCUGUCCAAGGUGUCCAUGCCGGUGGAGCUGAAUGAGCCCCUCAACACGCUGCAGCACCUCUGUGAGGAGGUGGAGUACAGCGAGCUCCUGGACAAGGCCUCGGAAACCGACGACGCGUACGAGCGCAUGGUACUUAUUGCUGCAUUUGCAGUUUCAGGAUACUGCUCCACUUAUUUCAGAGCAGGAAGCAAACCGUUCAAUCCCGUGCUCGGCGAGACAUAUGAAUGCAUCAGAGAAGACAAGGGGUUCCGUUUUUUCUCAGAGCAGGUCAGCCACCAUCCACCCAUUUCUGCUUGUCACUGUGAAUCCAAGAAUUUUGUGUUUUGGCAAGAUAUCAGAUGGAAAAAUAAAUUCUGGGGAAAAUCCAUGGAAAUCCUGCCCGUGGGGACUCUGAAUGUGAUGCUUCCAAAGUACGGAGAUUAUUACGUAUGGAACAAAGUCACGACCUGCAUACACAACAUCCUGAGUGGAAGGAGAUGGAUAGAGCACUAUGGAGAAAUAACCAUUAGAAACACAAAGAGCAGCGUUUGCAUUUGCAAACUCACAUUUGUCAAGGUGAAUUAUUGGAAUUCCAAUGUAAAUGAAGUCCAAGGAGUCGUCAUGGAUCAGGAAGGAAAAGCGGUCCACCGCCUCUUCGGGAAGUGGCACGAAGGAUUAUUCUGUGGCGUGGCACCUUCGGCCAAGUGCAUCUGGCGACCGGGAUCCAUGCCAACCAAUUACGAACUCUAUUAUGGCUUUACGAGGUUUGCUAUUGAACUCAAUGAGUUAGAUCCUGUCCUGAAAGACCUUCUCCCACCAACAGAUGCUCGAUUCAGACCAGAUCAAAGGUUUUUGGAAGAAGGGGACCUUGAAGCCGCCGCCUCGGAGAAGCAGCGGGUAGAAGAGCUUCAGCGGUCCCGGCGGCGAUACAUGGAAGAAAACCGUCUUGAACACAUACCAAAAUUUUUUAAAAAAGUCACUGACGCCAAUCAGAGAGAAGCUUGGGUUUCCAAUGACACGUACUGGGGACUGCGGAAGGAGCCCGGCUUUAGUAAAGUAGAAAGCCCCGUGCUUUGGUAAACUGCGAAUGUAGACCGAGUAAACAUAUCACUCUCUGAACGAAUAAAUAACUAUGCACAAUUAUGUUUCUUAUAGCUAAACGUGGUUUGUGGGUCUCCAGGAAACCUACCAUUUGCUUUUAUAUUCAUCUUUAUAAUGGACUUUCAAAAGUGCAUUAGGCCAGGCCCCUCUCCCCACUCCUGGAUCCUUCUGUUUGUGCUGCAGCCAUAUUCCUUAAAAUGGUCCUCGAGCUGGGAAUGCGGAGUCAAAGGAACCAAUCCAAAUAAUCCCAAGUCAGACGAACCGGUAGAGGAAAGCGAACUGGAAACUCGCGCUUUAAAGCCGACGGGGAGCGUUAAAGUGCGUCUGUGCGGAAACAUCUCAGUGGGAUCACUUGCCCCCGGAGAGACAAGGCUUGGAUAAAAACCUCCUGCGUGUUGAACAGUUGGUCAGUUUGGCUUGCGGUUUGUCUGUCCCUUGAUGUGAUUGAUGUGUUUGCACUGGCCUUGCCCAAAAGACAUCUCGUGCUCUUUGGAAUCCUAAUCCAUUCAUAUGCCAUUGUCCAUGCCUUAAGAAAUACGAAGAUGUAACAAAAUCAGUUGUUGUCAAAUGGUCUUUUCGGUUUGCCUGCAGGCCACACCUCUUAGAAGCUGAGAGGGCCUGCGUUGGGUUUCUGAGUGAUGGUGUGACUAAUGGAAAAGAGUGAGUACAGAGUAGUGGGAAACAUUGUUUAGUCAUUGGCAUAAAUCAUCUGAUAGGGAAAAGGAAAAUCAGGCUCGUGCUUAGAACCCAUUCAUUUUGCUGUCCAACAGCUUGCGAUCUGAAAAAAAUCUGUGAUCAUACCUGCCCCUGAUUUUUCUUGACCUCAACUUUCGGUCUCUUGUUCCUAGUUCUUUAUUUAAUCUAUUUUGAUCUUUUUAGCCAUUUAAAAAGCCUACGAUAACAUUUUAGUGGGAAGAGCACUCUAGAGUUAAUCUCCAAUUCCCCUCUGCUUUUUGAGGGUCCCUGUUCAAAUUCCACAGUGGAAUUACUGAAGUGGAAAACUUAUGGGUUGUUUUUUUUUAAUACGUGUUGUUCAAAUGUGCUCUGUGCAGAACCGAGCUCCACUCCAAAAGUGAUCUGUACUUUGUAAUGAUUUACUGUUACCACAAGACCCAUUACAGAGUAUUUACAUAGAGGAGGAAGUUUUUCAUUGGAAUGAUAUAAAAUGUAAAAUAGAUUCUAAAGAAAAUGGGGAACCUAUUUGUCUACUUUGAGCUCUUUCGUCCCCUAUUCCGAUGGAUAAAUCCCCUUCCAUCACUAUUGCUACAGAAAUCACUUAACCGGGCUCAAUCAUAAAUAUGUUUGUGUGUGUUUUACUUUAGUUUUGACUUCUGUCUUCAGGCAUGGAAUUCUAUCUUAAACUCUCGACAGUGAGAAUAUUGAAUACAUAUAUUUUUGCAACUUGGUAGUUUCAGUAUUAAUGAUUUCUCCAGCAAAAGCAAUGCAGAUUGAAGCAGCGAGGUAGUUUUACAGGUGUUUUACAGGUGUUACUGAGACAGUAUGAAUAGCAAUAGAAUGAGAAGCUUUGCUAAUGAGAGCAUUAGGUGAUAACAGAAAAAAAAAAUUCUCUACAGGAGGCGAAAAUUUUUCUGACUCUAAGGGAGCAAGUUUUGCACCGGUUUAGGUAAGGAAAAACAAUGUUGUUUCAUUUCCAGUAAGCAGACCCUGGUGCCUUUCUGACUUGAGGAAUACCGGUCUCUUUUCCAUCCACCCUCCGGCUGUUUAUUUCAGUACCGCUCCCUAUCUCCCUUGGGCGUGCACCGUUAAAUCGAAUUCUCUUGCCCUCUGGACAGUGAAUUAUGGGGUCAGGUAGCAAAGCAGCAAGGCAGUGGCUAGAAGGUGGAUUUGACAUUCAGCGUGGUGCUGGAACAGUCAGCUCAAGGCUUGAAAUUGGAAGGUGGAGUGCGGGAUGGGAAUAAAGAUGAAGUCGGAGACGCCGUUGUCCAUGGAGUGACUACCGAGCUUCAUUGUUCCGGGUGGCAGGGAGUUAAGGAGCCGCUGCUGAGCAGAAAGCAGGGCACCAAGAUGGGCAGGUGAGUGACUGCCAGAUCUGGCGUGAAACUCACCUUUCGAUAUAUUAUUCUUUCUAGCUUACUUAUCCCCUAGCGUUCCUUGGGCAAAUGUGAGUCAGGAACAUGCCAUAAUCAGAACAGAAUAUAAUUUCUCAACCCCGUGGGCCAAAUCACCUUUUAAGAUUUGAGCACUUGGUUAGACUGUCCUUGAAAUUUUCAUAAGCUUUAUAAAGUUAGAAGGUAUAUUUAAUGCACAUAACCCAAAGGAAACUCAGACUUCAGUGUCUGUAUUUAUACCUCAUAUUUCAUUUCCUAUUGAUGUUUUCUUUGCACAGUUGUGAGGUUUAUUGCCCUUUGGCUUUGUACCUAGUACUUCUAAAAUUAGUUCGAACAGUAAAAAUAAGGAUUAAUGUUGGGCAGCUCUUUGGUAAGAGCUGAUUUAUUUCUUGAAGUUUUCAAGCUGUUUCUAGUUUUCACAGUUGAAAAGAAAGUAGCAUAGAGUGAGACAAAUUUGGUUUCUCUCUUCAUUUUCUUUUUGUGUGUAUUGUUCACGACCCCUUUUGACUCAUUGUGUUUGAAGUAACUGAUUUGGGUUGCUUUAUUUAAUCAAGCGUGCUCUAUUACUGGAUGGCAGCAAUAAAAAAGGAAUGAUUUUGUUCCAUGAAUAUCACCACC